AUGUGGCCCCACCGCCACCAACGACAUCUGCUAACGGCGGCAGCCACGCUCUGCUGUCUGUUGGCCUUCAUCGUUCAGCCAGCCCUCUCAGAUGAGCCACCCACAUCCAUACCCAAUCUCCAACAGAACUCAACGGAGGAGACGACGGCAACUGAAGCCCUGAGUGACAGCAGCAGUGCCAAGGAGCUUAAUAAGCAGGCAGCCGGUCAGCUCAUCCGCGAGGUCAUCGAAGGUCCCAACUUGGACGGCGAACUGCUGCAGGAGGGCUUGGAUUUGGAAAGGGAACGCGAACCGGAACGGGAGGACCAGGCUACAGAAAAAGAAGCGGAGUUCGUAGGUGUUCCAGGCUUUCUGCCCACUGUGCUGCCUCCCAAAGAUUCAGUGAGUCCCACCAAUGGUCAUGGCUACAUCCAGUUUGAGAUCAACGAUGAGAUGCCUGUGGAAAUUGCUAAACGCCAAAGACCCAUUCAGCAAACUGUGACCCGCUCGCGAACGGACACCGUGAACGAGGUUCUGUCCAAUCUCUUCCCCAAGGGAUUCUCGGACAUUUUCCGUUUUAGUGGCAACCCAGAGGCGUCCACCACAACGUCCACGACCACAAACAAGGCGGUUGUGCGGCCUACUGUGGUGGAUGUGGUCAGCACCACAGAGGCAGUGACCACUGAAAAGCCAAAGGAGGCCCCAGCACCAAAUGCCACGUACUACAGCUACCAAACCACAGUGACCAAGGAGUACCGCAGGGAGUUGGGGCCAGGACACACCGAGAUAGUGGUGGAACAGAUCCGAGAUCCUGGUUUCCGAGACGGCAGCAAUCACAUUUCACGGGAUGAGCUGCUGAGGAUUAAUCGGGCUGCAGUGGCUGCUCCAGUGCUGCCCAGUUUGCUACUCCAACCGGAGGGCGAUGACAAUGAGACUCUGGUGGCGGCCGAAAGUGCUCCGAUUGUUAUACUCGCAGAUCACGAAGGGGAUGUGGAGGAGGGGCAGGAGAUCAAUGAUAACCAGAUUGCUGAGACACGGCAUGUGGGCAGAGAGGCCUACCAACAGCGACUGCCAGCUCCGGCUUUCAAUGGCAUCGAGAGCUAUGCCAACCAGAAGGGUCCUGGACAGGAUCAGGAAAUCAAUGUGCACAUCGUGCACGACGAGACUUUGGGAAAACGUCAGCAGGGAGAGGGAAAGUCACCAAAAGAGAAACCGCAAUCGCAACCUCCCCAGCACGCCUUGGAUCACUUUCAGGCGCACAGUGAGCAGAGAUUCCAGCAGCAUUAUCCUAGCAAUGAAGCUCCUUCCCGGCAAUUCCUUAAGAGCUUUAAUCCCGUAGUUUCGGGCAGUGGCGAUGGACCCCUUCCCAAGGGCAGCUUCCACUACGAAGUGCAGAAUCCUCCCCAGCUGCCGAAUCCACGGCCGCCAAAGGAGGGAGACUACGCAGGACAGUUUGUGAGACCUGCUGCCCAGUUGGCCUACCAACAGGAGAUCAGUCAGGUGAUUCCACAAGCGCAGAAGCAGCCAGAGCCUCAACCUGAAACGCUGCAUACCAAGGCCAUUUCCUCGCCCUCGCCAUCGCCAGAGAUUCAUCAGUACUCCGGGUAUGCAGGUCCCACGCCUGUCUCUGCUACGCCAAAUAGUUUGGUUUUUGUCACCUUGAACACUCCACGUCCUCCUCAUUCCUCGCCAGCACCGGCCGUUGCUCAUACGCCCCUUGAACCGCAUGUCCAAAUAACAGUUAAUCACCCAGCCCCCCACGAUUACGUGGCUGAGGCAGCCGCUGAGCCCUCCCAGCACAAUGUUCAACAUGCUCCGGCUCCCAAGAAAUCCACUCCCUAUACCUUUGUAGAGGUACAAAAGUCCGUGAAUAUACACAACAAGCUGAUCACCGAGAAGGACGGUCGUUUGGUGGAGCAGCAUGAGACCAUCUACCACCAGCCUUACCUGCACAAUCACCUGCCACAACCAUCUCCGUCUGAUCCUCCCAAGAGUUAUGCUUCUUUGGCCAAAAAUCCCAUUCACGUGGAGUACGAUAGCGCGCCCCAAGAGGUGGCCAUCUCACAUGCAGCUAUC